AUGACCAAGUCCGAGACUAUCACCGUAGCAUCUGGCUCUCAGACCCCUGGCAGCGGUCAGGGAUCUCAAAACGAGCAGAAGAUGGUCUAUGCGAAUGCAGCAACUCCAGAUGAGGACCCUCUAUGCAUUGUUGGGAUGGCAUGUCGAUUGCCCGGUGGUAUCCGCUCCCCAGACGACCUCUGGGACUUCAUGAUCCAAAAGAAAUCAGCCUACGGACCUGUGCCAGCUGACCGAUACAACAUCAAUGGAUUCUACCAUCCUCAAAGCAACCGAAGCGGCAGCACGAAUGUCCCCGGAGGAUACUUCAUUAACGAGGACGUCAGACAGUUUGACAAUGCCUUCUUUGACAUCAACAACCUUGAGGCCACGUACAUGGAUCCACAGCAACGCAAGAUUCUCGAGGUCGUGUACGAAUGUCUUGUGAGCUCGGGUACUUCUAUGGAAGCUGUCGCUGGCUCCAAUACUGGCGUCUACGUGGCAAACUUCACGGUGGACUAUCAGCCUCUGCAGCUGAGGGAUCCUGAUUAUCUGCAUAGAUAUGUAACGACUGGAUCAGGAGCCACUAUCAUGUCAAACCGGAUUAGCCAUGUUUUCAACCUCCAUGGACCAAGUCUGUCGGUAGAUACUGCCUGCUCUUCGUCAAUCUACGCCUUCCACCAAGCUAUCAAGGCAAUCAAGGCGGGAGACUGUGACAACGCGAUCGUGGCCAGCGCCAACCUGAUCUUAUCACCAGAGCCUCACAUUGCUGCUGCCAAGAGCGGAGUCCUCUCAUCCACAGGCAUGUGUCUUACAUUCGACGAAUCCGCCAAUGGCUAUGGUCGAGCUGAAGGUGUUAAUGCUAUCUAUAUCAAGCGCCUAUCCGCUGCAGUCAAGGAUGGAAACCCUGAUGCCAAAUUGGACGUUGCAGGGACUGAUUAUGUCGAAUGCCAUGGUACUGGAACUGCUGUUGGUGAUCCUAUAGAGGUGGAGGCCACUGGGAGAGUCUUUGAUCGAGGCUCAGGCAACCAACUUCUGCUUGGAUCGGUCAAAACAAACGUCGGGCAUAGUGAAGCAGCAAGUGGCCUCACAUCCGUGCUCAAGGUUGUCCAAUCCUUCGAGAAGGGACAGAUCCCCCCAACUCGAGGCAUCGUUAACCUCAAUCCCAAAUUGGUUCUUGCUGAGCGCAAUUUAAUGAUUGCGCAGGAUGCUCGCGACUGGCCACGAAGUCUUCGUCGCGCAAGCAUCAAUUCCUUUGGCUACGGCGGUGCCAAUGCUCAUAUCAUUCUUGAGUCAGCUGAGAGCUAUCUUGCCAACAAACAUCCAAUGGGGCCAUCCAUGACCAACGCAGCGAUAUCAAGACAACAGAGAACCGUAGCUUUGCCUCUAUCGGCUAGCUCGCCGUACUCUCUGAAAGCGCUAGCCGAUGAUAUCUCCUCGAGGCUCCCUCGGCUCGGUCUUGCUAACGAGAUUGACUCAUUGGCUUAUACUCUUACCAAAGGGCGCGACCACCUUAGUCACAGAACCUUUAUUCUGGCAAAUCUUGACAAGAGCGGCAAGAUCUUAAGAUCAAUGCGAACAACGGGUGAUGGUGAUUUCCACGCUAUGAAGCCGCUGCCACUUGGCUUUGUAUUCACAGGGCAAGGUGCACAGUAUCCAGGCAUGGCCAAGGAGUUACUCGCUAGCUCUGAACUUUUCUGUUCAACAAUCCGCCGCCUCGACUCUGUGCUUCAAGCGCUCGCCCCUGAACACGCUCCAGAUUGGACAUUGGAAGAGACUAUCUCAGACUCCAGCACAACCCUCAUCAACGAGGUCGAGCGUAGCCAGCCAGUCUGCACAGCUGUUCAAAUCGCCAUUGUCGAGCUACUUCACAGCUGGGGUGUUCAGUGUAACGCAGUUGUCGGGCACUCCUCUGGCGAGAUAGCAGCAGCUUACUGUGCCGGGAUAAUCAGUGCCUCGCAAGCCAUCACUGUAGCCUACUUUCGAGGGUACGCUGCAGGUAAAUUGACGACCAGCGGUUCUAUGAUGGCAGUUGGACUGAGUGAUGCUGCUGCUGAGAUUUUGAUCGAGAGCAAGGGACUCGCAGAUCAGAUCCGUGUGGCAUGCGUCAAUGCCCCCGAGAGCGUCACAUUGAGUGGUUCCCAUGAAGGGAUUCAAGUACUCAAACAGGCGCUGGAAAACGACAACAGGUUUUGCCGUCUGUUGCAAACAGGCGGUCGUGCUUACCAUUCCUCCAUGAUGGAGGAAGUAGGUGGUUUAUACGAAGAGCUACUUAUCCCUCCUUUUGAUGAGAAGGCUGUGAGAGAUGGCAUUACUUGCCGACCUGUUGGUGCAGUCACAAUGUUCUCAUCCGUAGGCCCCAGUAUCCGGGAGAAGACACCCGAUAUGCCCGUGUAUUGGAGAAUGAACUUGGAACAGCCUGUUCAGUUCAGCUCCGCUAUCUCAAGCAUGAUCUCAGGCGAGGGCAAUUUACAUCUUAUCGAGAUUGGUCCACACUCAGCCCUUGAAGGGCCGAUAAAGCAAAUCCGAAAGCAUCUUCAACUUACUGAAGCAUCACUUCCCUAUUCAUCAGCUCUAGUCAGAAAGCAAGAUGCCGACCAGUGCGUCAAGACGCUUGCCGGAAAGCUCUUUUCCCACGGACAUUCUGUGAACUGGGAUGCCGUCAACACUCUGCCUAGCAUGGGGCUAAGGAUCCUUCAUGAGCUCGCUCCUUACCCAUGGGACUACACGCGGAAUCAAGGUGUACUCUGGAGUGAGCCCCGAGCCAGCUACGAAAUGCGAAAUAGAAAGUUUCUGCGCCAUGAACUCCUUGGUACCCGCGCUCUUACAGGUAAUGAUAUUGACUACACGUGGCGGAAUCUAUUGCGUCUUGGCGAAAUACCUUGGCUGAAGGACCAUUGCCUAGAAGAUCAGAUCGUCUUCCCUGCAACAGGUUACAUGGCCAUGGCUAUCGAGGCUCUUUCUCAGAUCCUCGACGCAAAGGCGAAACCGGCAGAAGAGGUCUCUUUUGAGUUCCGCAACGUGAAUAUCAGUGCUGCGCUGCAGAUCCCCAGUCAGGAGAGAGAUGUCUAUUCGAGGGACACUGACCUGGAACUCCAUACCACCAUGUCUGGCAGCAAGAUCUCUAACACUACUAGUUCCGUUGACUGGCAUGAGUUUUCUAUCUCAUCUUGGCAGGCUGGAAGAACCAUGCUUCACUGCAUGGGUAACAUUCGAUUGACCAAACCUCUGACAGCUCGAGAUAAGCACAGUGUUACGUUAUCUGAGAUCGAUGGUUUUGACAAAUGGUCCAUGAACAAGUGGUAUGCCAAAUGGCAUGAGGAAGGUCUCUGUUUUGGUCCUCACUUCAGGUCUCUUCACAGCUUACAGACUGAUGGGGGACGAAGCCGACGGGAGACAAUUGGAAUCACAAAACUUGAACCCCCUCUUGACGGACGUGGCGGCACACGUUACACUCUUCACCCCAUCACCAUGGACGCAGCUAUCCAAGCAGCUGCUUUGAGCACUGCGGCAGGUCAUGUCGAUUCUUUGAGGGCAUGGUUGCCAGUCUUCAUCUCGGAGUGUAGAAUACAGGCUCCGUCAAGCAGUGUCGAUGUUGACGUUGAGAUUCAAGCCACUUCAGAAGAAACCGGCUUAUCCAGCAGAUCUAUCUCGGCUACAGUACGAGAUUCGACUGGGAAACCUGUUAUAGACUACACCGGACUACGAGUUUCUUUGUACACCGGAAAGACUGCAACUACGGUCGAUCAGUCCACUAUAAGCCAAGGAGGCAAAAACCCUCCAAGCGACUUGUAUACACAGCGAAACCCAACUCUAAGAGUGACGUGGAAACCUGACAUUCAGCGUCUCGAUCCGAGUGGAGAGGAUAGUAUGAGGAGCUACAUCACCGCUUUCGUGGAUCAACAAACGGAAGAUGUGCGUGAUUACGAGAGUCUAUCCGUGAUGAGCGCACUUCUUGAUCUCGCUGGACACAAGAACCCACGGAUGCGUGUUCUCGAGCUAGGUGUCGAUGAGCUGGUUUACAAGGCAAAGCACUGGCAAUCGACCUUGUCCAAAGAUACGGCCUUUUCAAGGUGUCGGUCCUGGCAUGUAGGAACCUUGACAGCGGACGGGGACGUAUCGCUGGAACCAGAGGAUGGAAAGGAUCCAUUUGAUCACGAUACUUCAAAGCAAUUCUGGGAUCGGUUUCCCAGACGGCUCAGCGACCUACUCUCAGAUCAGGGCAUCAUUAUCACUCGUACGACAAGUAUCACCGCGACCGAGUUCAAAGCGUCUGGCUUCGAUGUCUUGGAUGCCGGGAACCAGAUCUCACUAGGCGUACGUCCUCUUCAGAUGCCAGGCACCGUCCCCAGAAAUGUUUUCAUUGUGCGUGCCGAAAAUGCUUCCGCCACUGUUAUAGAACUUGGCGAGGCUAUAUCAGCAACACUGUCGGGACAAGUCGGUAUAUCUCAUGUCACCAGCAUCAAGUUCCACGAGGUAGAUACUGCCGAGAUCACCGAUGUUGACAUAUGUAUCUCCCUGCUCGAAAUGGAAAACGAGUUCCUAGCUACUAUGAACUCAGAGGACAUGGAAAGACUACGCUCCAUAACAUCUACGACGACGAAUCUCUUAUGGAUUACUGGCGCAAACAUGCUCGGCCCUACACCAAAUCCCAACUUGACGCUUUCGAACGGUCUGUCCCGCGCGCUUAUGCUUGAACAACCUGCACUGCGCUUCUCUAUCCUGGAUGUUGGGUCACUCGCUGAUCUUAACACGGAGUUGAUAUGCUCAGAUGUUAUUAAAGUCCUUGGCCGUGUGCAUGACAGAGACGACUGCGAGUUCAUACAAAUGGAUGGACUUCUGCAUAUCAGCAGAUACUGUCCCGACAUCCAGCUCAAUUCACUCUUCCGACGGCGCCUUGGACUUCAUGCUGGUAGGAGUUUGGAACCCCUAGCGAGUUCCCAUCCAGCACGACUAUCGAUUGAUAGCAUUGGCGCUAUGGAUUCGCUCUUUUUCCAGACGUUGUCUGAGCCUACUUCUCAUGCCGCUUUGGAUCCGGGCUAUGUAGAUGUCAACGUGAGAGCCGUCAGUCUCAACGCCAAAGACGUCUACGCCAUGAGCGGGCGCGUGGACACGCAGAACAUGACUACGGCAUUUGACUUCUCAGGCCUCGUCACAGCAGUUGGCCCAGAUGUCAGCCAUGUCGCAGUCGGCGAUCGUGUUGUUGUAUCAGCACCUCACCAUCUUGGAACAGCUGUUCGUGUACCAGCCGGAAGUGCACAUAAAAUGACAUCUGAUGAGGAAUUUACUGUGAUGCCUUCCAUGAUGGUCAUAUAUCCCACUGCGUUGUACGCCCUGAACGACCGUGCCCACUUACGUGCAGGAGAGUCUAUACUCAUACACGCUGGUUCCGGAGGUCUUGGCAUUGCUGCCAUCAUUCUCGCCCGCAGGAUAGGGGCUACUGUGUACACCACCGUUGGCUCUGACGUCAAGCGCGAGUAUCUCAUCAACGAGUUAUCCGUUCCGUCUUCGCACAUCUUCAACUCCCGCGACUCAACCUUUGUCCAAGGCGUCAUGAGCGCAACCAGCGGUCGAGGAGUCAACGUCAUUCUCAACUCCCUAGUUGGCGAUCUGAUGCACGAUAGCUGGCGUUGCUUAGCCGACUUUGGACGUUUCGUCGAAGUUGGGAAGCGUGAGCUCGUUGAUGCUGGAAGAUUAGAUAUGAGCAUGUUUCUUCGCAACGCCACUUUCACCGCAUUCGAUCUCUCCGAGCUGUUCUACUCUCAGGACCAGUUCCAUCGAUCUAUCUGGGACAGACUCAUAAGCGAGACGUUAAAGCUCUAUCGUGAUGGAGAGAUUCAGCCGCCUCCGAUCAAGGUGUUUGAUGUUAGUCAGAUAGCACAGGCAUAUCGAAGUUUCUUGGGCAAGGAUCGGGUGGGCAAGAUUGUGAUUUCGAUGGAGGAUCAGCAAGCUCGAGUGCCGGUCGCCCCACCUCUGUAUCUGAGUGUCUUUGACCCUGAGAAGGUAUAUCUUCUCGUCGGGUGCCUUGGUGGACUGGGACGUAGUUUAAGUCGAUGGAUGAUGACACGCGGCGCUCGCAGGUUUGUGUUCCUGGGUCGUUCAGGUGCCGACCGACCGAGUGCACGCCAGCUUAUCUCCAGGCUCGAAAAGGCCGGUGCUACGGUGGAGGUAGUUCGAGGCGACGUCUGCAACUUAUCUGAUGUCACAAAAGCAGUUGAAGCUUGCGUCAGUGCGGGCAGACAUAUAGGUGGUAUAGUCCAAGCAGCUAUGGGACUUUCCGAAUCUCUCUUCACCAGCAUGUCCAAUGAGGCUUGGCACACCGGCAUCGAUCCCAAGUGGCAAGGAACAUGGAACCUUCACAACGCACUCCAGGUCCAUGUCGAUAAAGACCAAACCAAGGAGCCAGACUUCUUCCUCCUCACCUCCUCUGUUUCAGGGACUGUUGGCACAGCUACCGAAAGCAACUACUGCUCGGCCAACGGCUUUCUCGAUGCUUUUGCUCGAUGGCGUCGGUCUCGCGGACAAGCCUGUGUUUCGGUUGGUCUAGGUAUGAUCUCGGAAGUGGGCUAUCUGCACGAGAACCCUGAGAUCGAGAGCUUGCUUCUGCGCAAAGGCAUUCAGCCUCUCAACGAAGAUGCGUUCUUGCAGAUCGUCGAUCUUGCACUGAAUAGCGAGCAAGGUGGUCGAAUUGAUGACUCGCAUCUACUAACAGGCCUGGAGUCUGCUGCAAUCCGCGAGCUGAGUGCUCAAGGGUUCGAUGUCACCAGCCACGGUGUCCUAAACGAAGCACGCUCCUCUAUCCUACUAGCCUCCGUUUUAGCUGAAAAAGAGGCUCAGGAUGUAGUUCCUCAGGAUGGUCACGUAGCUGUUGUAACAGCUGCAGAGUGGUUCAAGAGCAUUUCCUCGGCUCUGUCACCCGUCUUCGCCUCGGUUGCAGACUCUGCUACCUUGCACAUCGCAAUCAUGCAGCUGAUCAAGACGCGCUUCUCUAACCUGAUCCUAGUUCCUACAGACCAAAUCAGUGAGGAUAAGCCGCUGCCUAACUUUGGUGUUGAUAGCAUGAUUGCGUCGGAGUUUCGCUCGUGGUUCUGGGCAGUUUUACGGAUAGACAUCCCCUUCUUGGACAUUAUGAGCACGAAAACGACUUUGGGUACGUUGGCAGAGUUAGUAGAAGGGAAGCUUUAG